UGUUGAUACGACAAUCUUAAAAGAAAAAAUUCGAAGUUACAAAGAGCAAUCGAUAAACAGACAAUUUACUCUUAGCGAACAAAUCUGCCUUUAAAAUACAGUUCUGCUUUUAUUGAGUUCACAUGAAGAGAAAAUAGUUUAACAUAAAUUGUGAAUUAUUUUAAAAAAGAUUCAAAAAUAACUUAGAAGCACGUUAAAAAGUAUGAUCGAUGCAGAAGCCGAUGUGGUCGUAUGUAGGGCCUGCAUCAGUGAAUGUACAGAGUAUAAAUCUUUGCAUAAACAAGGUAUGCUACUCGAAGAAAUAACUACAUUAGCUACUCUAUUGAAUUUUUGCACUGGUUUGGAAAUCCACGAAGAGGAGAAUCCUCAGCUUCCUCAAUAUGUUUGCAGCGCUUGUGUACAGGAUUUGGUUAGAUGUUAUAUUUUUAAAAAGAAAGUAUUGGAAACAAACCACUUACUGUACUCCUGCCGCCUUGAAGAAGCUGAAGAAAGUGGCGAUAUAAUUGAACAGAAUUCUUAUGAAAAAGACAAGGAGGACGAAAACACAGUAAAUGAAAAAUUAGACAUUUGCAAUGUUGCUGACAAGGAGAGAUGUUUGAAUUAUGUGGAUGAAGUAACAAAUGAUGAAGAAAUGUGCGACAGAGAGGGCAACGAAGAAUUUUUAGCCCUGUCAAUUGUUAGCGAUCAAAAUCUUCCUGAAGAUAGCGAAAAUGUAGAAAGAGAGGAGGAGCGGCCAUUUACUGAAGAGGGUGAAAUACUAGUGGACGAAGAUAAUGCUGAUCUUGAAUAUGUAGUACAUAACGUGGCCGAAACAACAGAAAUAUACCUUCAAAGAUCGGACGAUGAAGAUAUUAAGGAAGAGUGUGAACAAACUGGACAAAUCUACGAAAUGAAUGAAGACGAUCACGAAGAGUUUGAAAUUCAAAUUACUGACUUUGACUCUUAUACUGAAGUCAUGACAGAAGAAGUGAAAGAGGACGUAAACAAUGAAUCUGAGGACAAAUCUGAUAAUGAAGUAAUUUUAGAGGUCGACACCGACACUGAUCCUAAUGUGAAAGUAUAUAAACCUAGGAAGAAUACAGGUCUAAGGAAGGAACCUAAUCCGGAGUAUCAAUGCAAGACUUGUGGUAAACAAUUAAGCAAUUCAAGCUCGUUUAAAUAUCAUAUGCAAUUGCAUUCCGAUGUCACCCCUUAUCUAUGCAAUUUAUGUGGUGAAGGCUUUAAAACACCCAAUGCUUACGAAGGUCAUCUCUCUAUACAUGACCCUAAUAACCCUAAUAAAUGUACAUUGUGUGGUAAAUCAUAUCGCCAGGCUUCCUCACUGCGCGUACAUAUGCUAUCGCAUACCGGUGAGAAACCCUUCACAUGUGACAUUUGCGGAAAGGGGCUUACACAAAAAUCGGGUUACAAAAAGCAUAUGCUUACGCAUACUGGUGAGAAGCCACAUUCGUGUGAUAUAUGCGGUAAAUUGUUCCGUUAUUCUAGCAAUAUGUUGGCGCAUCGGCCUUUGCACACUGGCGAAAAGCCCUACGGUUGUAAAACUUGUGAUAAAACUUUUGUAACCUCUGAACAAGCGAAGCGUCACAUUUUAGUUCAUACUGCUGAAAAGCCAUUUAGUUGUGAAUUGUGCGGUAAACUUUUCAAACGUCAGGCCACAUUAAGAUCACAUCAACAAAGUCAUCAUCAGUUAAUAGAGGCAAGAGGGCCAAGUCCCAGACGGAAUCAAUCAAACGUGGUAGAAAUUUAUUAAAAAUGGAAGGUGAUAGAGAAAGAGAAGAAGAUGAAUCGACUUAAGUGUUCCGAACGAAUUUUUUGAAUUUGUUUUUGCUUUUCUAUUCACCGUCGAAGUAUAUCGUCUAUACAGGUUUUGUUAUUCCGUUCGCAUCAUUUAAACGUACGCAGCCGAGCCGAUAUACUGUUUACAGCUAUUUGAUUAAUAGAAGAUUCUGGGGGAAAUUAGUAAAGUUCGUCCGAGUAUACUCCCAGAAACUACAAGGAAUGCUUUUACAUGAAGAGCCCAUUUAACUUAAUUAUGUGCGACAAACUAAAUUUCUUUUUGUUCCCAAGAAUGGCGAUAAUAUUGGCAUUCGCUAUUGAACACUUGUUGGUCUUCUUGACUCGCAUCCCAAAUCAUCAUCUUUUUUUUUGAGCAUCGAAUUGCUGGCGUAGUCAAAUGUACCAAUGUUACCUAUUAACUAUAACAAUGGAUAUAUGUAUCGAACAACAGAUAUAAAUAUAUCCAUUACUAUUAUUUUCCACUAUCAAAUGUAAGUAAAUGUAAAUGUACGCUGUUUCACGACUGAAUUGUGCACUUUCAUAAGUGGAAGCUAAGAUGUUACAGCACAAUAAAAACCAUGUCGUGGAGCUCUCUGAGAGAAAUCUAUACUAUUAGACUAAAAUUUUAUAAGUACACAAAAUGUCCUAUUCAAUAGUCCACUAGUCCGCUAGUCGUGCCAGACAUCAGUCAAAAAUGUAGUACGCAUAUUUUGAAAAAGAUCUUUACAAAAUUAGUUUCAACUGUGCGAUUAAAGAAAAUCUGGUAUUAGAUAUUCAAAAUUCGCUGUUAGGCGAAUAUAUUUUCUCCUGUUUCGUUUUUUCAACCAAAUAGCUAAAUACACCUUAUCGGUAUUUUUCUUUUUAUUUAUGUUUCAUUUAAACAAUUAUAAAUAAUACAGAGGGGUCGA